AUGGGGAGGAACAACCUGACCUGGGUGAGUGAGUUUGUCCUGCUGGGCCUCUCCGGGGACUGGCAGACCCAGGCUGGGCUGUUUGUCCUGUUCGGGGCCACCUAUCUGCUGACCUUGCUGGGCAACGGGCUCAUCCUCGUCCUGGUCCGGCUGGACUCCCGCCUCCAGCUGCCCAUGUACUUCUUCCUCGGCAACCUCUCGGUAGUGGACAUCUGCUACACCUCCAGCGGGGUUCCUCAGAUGCUGGCGCACUUCCUCCUGGAGAAGAAGACCAUCUCCUCCGCCCGAUGUGGUACCCAGCACUUCUUCUCGCUGGCCCUGGGGGGCACCGAGUUCCUGCUGCUGGCCGCCAUGGCCUAUGAUCGCUACGUGGCCGUCUGCGACCCCCUGCGCUACGCGGCCGUCAUGGGGCUGCGGCUCUGCGCAGGCCUGGCCGCCGUCUCCUGGCUCGUGGGCCUGGCGAACGCGGCGGUGGAGACUGCGGUCACCGUGCGUCUGCCCACCUGUGGGCGCCACGUGCUGAACCACGUGGCCUGUGAGACACUGGCGCUCGUCAGGCUAGCCUGCGUGGACGUCACCCUCAACCAGGCGGUCAUACUGGCAUCCAGCGUGGUGGUGCUUUUGGUGCCCUGCUGCCUGGUCGCGCUGUCCUACGCGCGCAUCGUGGCCGCCGUCUUGCGGAUCCGCUCCAGCGCGGGGCGCCGCAAAGCCUUCGGGACCUGCGCCUCGCACCUCACCGUGGUCUCCAUGUCUUACGGCAUGGCCCUGGUUACCUACAUGCAGCCCCGCGCCACCGCCUCCGCCGAGCAGGACAAGGUGGUGGUGCUCUUCUACGCGGUGGUGACCCCUAUGUUGAAUCCGCUCAUCUACAGUCUGAGGAACAAGGAGAUAAAGGCUGCUCUGACUCGGGUUCUGACGAGGAGCUCUGAAUCAAAAUGGUAGCCUGGGACCUUGUGGCUCAAGGGCUUCGCUCUGAGGACGGUGGGCAGGGCAGCGUGCCUGCCGCCUACUGUGCGUGCAUGUACGUGUGUGGACAUGUGAGUGCACGUGUGUGGUGUGUGUCUGUGUGAGGGAGCAGAUGGGAGGGUCCUCAAUCCCACACCAUCGUUUGAAGUCCACAGAGAAAUGGAAUUUUAUCUCUGGGCUCUGUUUUUGGUCCCUGACUUAGUCUUUAAAAAAUGUGAAUUACAACGACUUAGAAACACAUACAGUCCACAGAAAAUUAUAUGGAGAAAAAAAAAGAUAUACUGGUAUAUAUGAAUUAGAAAGGAAGACUAAAUCGAAAUGUUGGGCAGUGCACAGAAUUUAUGCCAAGAAAGUCUAUUUCCUAAAUUCUACAGCCACAAGUCUAAGCUUUUCUGAAAUGAGUGGGGAAAAAAAGAGAGGAAAAGUUGUGACUUACAAGAUUCACCAUGCCCAUGGGAUCAAACAGGCCUUGGGCCAGAGGUAAAAGGGUCAUCAUGUGGUCACCAAUGGUCCCACUCAGCUCCAAGGGUGGAGAGUUCACAGGGGGACCUGGAGCCAAAGUCGCAGUAAUUAUCCGCACAUCCAUGAGGAACAGGGCUGGCUCCAUAUGAGUCAGUGGAUAUCACGUCGCUCAUUUUCCUUUCAAACUUGCCAUGGUGGCAAGUGGCUGGCCAAAAAGUGAAGAGUUCAUAACCGCAAACAUCUCUCUACAUAAUCAGGUCUAAGGAUAUGCUCUUAUGAAAACUGAAGGAUAUUAUCAGAACUCAUGCUUGCCUAAGAAUCGUGCACAGACCAUCAGAGGUAAGUCAGGCUACUUAAGAAAGAAGGGAUCACAACUCCCUGUUAGUGAUCUUUUCACUCUACUGACACAAAAAUUAAUGAUUGAGCUCAAAACAUCCUAGAAUGUAAAGUGAGACCAUGAUAUUUUAUCUGGAAAAAUGUUUAAAACUACUUUUAAAAAUUGGAAUGAAGCAUCUCUUACAUAAAUAUUAUAGCUGUCUGGUUUAUCUUACCCACAAACAAACAAAAUAUAAAUUGAGAAUAAUUCAAACUGAGUCUGUUAAGAAAAUAUCGAAAGAUUGAGGAGGAGGAGAUGAAGUACCUUUGAAAAUUCCUAGUAAAACAAUUUUUCAAACAUGAGGUAAAAUUCACAUCGCAUACAAUUCAAGAUUUUGACCAUUUAAAGUGUACAAUUCAGUGGAAUUUAGUAUAUUCACAAUGUCAUGGAACCUCAUGCUUACACAGUUCCAUAACAUCUUCAUCACCGCUAAAAGGCACUUCAUACCCUUUAAACAGGACAUCAUGGGAAAUGCUGAACUGGAUGAAGCGCAAGCU